AUGGUUCACAGCGUGAACCACAUAGGAUUGCUAAAAGAAAGAGGCAGAGAAUAUACCAGACACUUUACAGUUUCUAAUUAUGAUUCUCUUACUUGGCUCUGUGGCAGUGAAAGCUUGUCCAAACGUUUUUGCUGGCCCUGUCUUUUAUUUUCCAAAUCCAAAAACGUUUGGAAUUUUAGUAGUUUCAGUAAUUUGAAUGGAUCAACCAAGGCACACGAAAAUUCUGAAUCACAUCUUCAGUGUGUAGUAGACCUGUAUAAAUUUGGAAAGCAGCGAACAGAUGAAGGAAUAGACAAAACCCUCAAAGUUAAUAACAAUUUGCAUAACCCAAAAUUUAAGAAAAAUCGUGAAGUUAUAAGACGAGUCAUAGCAGCGACAUGUUUUCUUGCCAAACAAAAAUUACCCUUCGGAGGGCACAAUGAAAAAACUUCCUCUUUGAAUCAAGGAAAUUAUGUUGAAACUUUAAAUCUUUUAAAACUCUACGAUCCAGUUCUAGCAGAACAUUUUGAAAAUUCCGCAGUUUUUAAAGGCACUUCAAAUGAUAUACAAAACGAACUAAUUAGUAUUAUUAGUGAAGAACUGAUAGAAACUAUUAAAGGAGAAAUAGAAGAAGCAGAUUUUGUAGCUUUAAUGUUAGAUGAAGCGUCGGAUAUUAGAAGAAGGUCACAGCUCUCUACAGUUUUGAGAUAUGUUGUGAAGGGAGAUAGCAGUGUUACAGAGAGGUUUGUUGGAUUUACCGACUUAAGUGCAGACCGCACGUCUCCUGGUUUACUCGAGCACGUACAGAAAACUGUAAGUGAAUAUAAACUGGCUGAUAAAUUCGUUGCUCAGACGUACGAUGGUGCUGCUGUAAUGUCAGGCCAUUUGUCAGGUUUACACAAAAAGGGUACAGAUCCAAAAGCUCUAUUCAUGCACCGUUAUGCUCAUGUAUUAAACUUUGUUUUAUCUCAGGGCAUGAAUAAUAUUUUAGAAUGCAACACAAUCUUUUCAACACUAAGCGCAAUUGCAAAAUUUCAUCGCAUUCUAGUAAGCAAUCCUUUGCAAUGCAGGUGUAAGGAUCGCAUAAGUUUAAUUUUAUUACAGCAGAGAAUAGUUUAACUUUUAUAAAAAAAAAGUGGCAACAUUCAGAUACGUAAAUAGAACGCUUCGCAAAAACAUAUAUUUCGCUGUUUAUUAUUUUUCAUUAAAUACUUUUUUAAAAUAUCUUUUCACUUCUUUAUUAUAUUGCAUAUUAAUUAAAUUCCUUGUCAUUCAACUUUAUCUGAUACAGGAAUACUUAAAAAAAAGUAUUCCUUCUAUUGCUCCAACAACAUGGUGCUUUACCUCAAGACUGGUGAAUACGGUAGAAUAGUACCGUGAACAAAUUAUUGAUUUUUUACUAGCAUUUAUGAAAGU